ACUACAGCUGAGCUCUGUCACUCUUUGGUUCCAUGUCGGCUGGAGGACCGGAGCAUGCUCCAGUUUAAGCAUUCAGCCCGGGGGUGAAGCCAUCAGCCAGUUGUGAGAAGAACACAAGGCUCGCCGCAGUUCUCGUCCACCAAGAUGUCUGGAAUAAAGAUGUCCCAGCAGAAGGAGAAGGUCUCCGUUCCCAUGGUGACGUUGUCCGUGCCCCAGGAACCUUAUGCGGUGGGAUAUUCUGCUUCGUACACCCCGGAGGCCUACACGUCGCAGCCCUACAACCCACAAAUGUAUGCCCCACAACCCUACUGCUCCGAGCCACAAAGCUAUAAACAAUACACGUCGGAUCCAUGCGCCUCCAGCCAUUCGGAGAUUGAGCAUUAUCGCGUGGCAGAUGCUUGCUGUUACGAAGUUUCAUCUCCGCCUCCGUAUAGCUGUGAAGAAGUGCCUUGUGACACAUUAGGACCAGUCUGCAUGGACUCAUCCCCACCUGUUGUGGUGGCUGGGAUCUUCUCCAGCAAACCUGCGUCCACCAUCUGCCCCUGUUGCCGACAGAUCAUCACCACUGAGGUGGUCUUCCGUGUGGGGUGCCUCACCUAUGCCCUCUCGACCUGCCUGUGUCUGGUGGGGUGCUGCCUGGGUUGCUGUCUUAUCCCCUUCAUGUCCAAAUGCUGUAAGGACGUCGAUCAUUAUUGUCCCUGUUGCCGAUAUCACAUCUACCGAUAUAAAAGGAUCUAGCUGCUUGGAAGAAUGGCCCAGCGGUCUCCUUGGAAAUCAAAUGGGAGCAAAGGGGUUUCCAACUUGGAUGGAUUCACAUAUUCCGUCUUGGACUGUUCUUAUGUUUGGAACUGGAUUGCACUGUGCAGGAUGUGCUCCCUCGUCUGUGGUGAAACUGGCUGGGCUCCGGUCAGCACUGGCCUUCAACCUCCUAAGCAGGGAAGCAGCUUUCAGCUGGUUAAGGAUCUGCUCUAGGAUUUUCUGUAUUACUUCCCUGGUAUUUGAGGUUUGUGGAUUAACUGUCAACUCGUAAAAUAUGUCUCUGGUCUUUUUAGAGUUGCCAACAGAAUGGGAGGGAGGAGCAACUUGCAUUCCAUAAAUGU